UAGUUUGUACAAAUGUCCUUUUUCCCUUUUGAAUAAACUUUUUAGAACAUUAAAAAAAGCACUUUUCCUUUUUUUCUCCAGAAAAUGUUAUGUUUAAAAGAAAAAAAACAUUUAUUUGUGUGCAUGAUUUGCGAUUUCGUCACAACAUUUGAAAAAGGCGAUAUAUUAUUAUUAUUAUUAUUUAUGGUUCAUUCGUGCAAAAACCCUGCAGCACAAACGAUGAAAUCUAGAUUUCGUAAUGACAGCCUCUGUGACGUCAUGUGACCCCCGCCUCCUUGAGGAGACACAGCUUGUCCUCUCCUCCUCCUCCUCUCCCACUUCCUCUCCUCCCUCGCUUUCAUGCCCCGGAGCCUCCUCCCCGGGACUAGCCGAGUGAGACUAUGCGGGCCGCGGGGCUGCAGCCGGCCGCAGCGCUGGCUCUGUUUGCCGCAGUGUUGUGCGGGUCGCGCGCGGAGGUGAUCGAUGACAUCCUGAGUAGCCUCUCGCGCGGAGCAUCGUUCCUCGAGCGGCAGCACGAGCACAUCAACCUGGACGGGGUGGUCGGCUUCCUCAUGCUGCAGGCCGAGCUGAAGGAGGCGGUCCGGACGUGGCCCCACAGCGACCCGGUCAGCUGGGCUCAGAGGACCAUCGCCGUGGCUCUGGUCAAGCGUCUGGACCUGAGCUUCGAGAAGGCCGUCGCCGCCCUGCAGCAGAACGACCCCAAAUACUACACAGAGUUCGAGCCCCUGCUGUCGUGGAGCUUCUGGCUGGUUCCUCGGGAGUGGAGUUCCACGGACCUCAGCCUGCUGUACCCGACCACCACCACCACGGAGUGCUACGACGAGCAGCUGAGCGACAAGUGCCUGACGCUGCUGCUGGGAACCUGGAAGAUGAACGGGACGCCGUGCAUCGUCACCAAGCCGUGCCGGGACACCAUGACGCAGUUCGGCUGUCCUCACUACUCGCUGUCCCACCAGCUGCUCUACUUCCUGAUCGGACGCAUGAGAGGCUGCACCAACCUGCUGAAGGGCGACACUCGGGCGUCCCGAGCCAACAUGACCGAACGCAGCUACCAGAAGAUCUUCUGCUCCAACAUGAUGAAGACCAACCAGGACUUCCUGAGGGACGGGCUGACGGAGCAGACGGUGGACAUCUUCAUCGAGAACAUCCUGAUCUGUGGGCUGACCGGCUUCUCCGACUUCUACAAAGCCGAUUGGCUGCAGCACGUCCUCCGGCUGCAGGACGAGGAAGUGGGCUGCUUCGGGAGGGACAAGAACGUCAUCUCUCAGAUCAUCGGAGACGAGCUGCUGGAACAGAUGCAGCCGCACAGGAGAGUGAAGAGGAGGGAGAAAAUACUUCCAGACGGCUGCUCCAGUCACAUGACGGCGGUGGCCGUCGGCGCUCUGGGAGGAUACCUGAACUACUACCUGACGGAGCAGGACAUCACCAAGAGGCCGCUCUCCUGAACGCCCCCCCCCAACACGCUGCAGAUCGCCAGGUGCUGAAUCUGACCUCCAGCUUCCGGAACCAGGACCGAGUUCAGCAGAUGGUUCACUUGAGCGGCUAAGAAAGGUUCAGGGUCGGAUUCAGACCGGACUGGAAUUAAUUAAGUCUUUAUGAACGAUAUCAGGGGAACCCGGCGCUUCAUAUUAAGCUCCUUUGCUCCCCACCACAGUAAAAGUCCAAGGGAUAUUAAGUGAAAAUAAUCUGUGAAAAUAUUUAGAUAUUUCAGGCAUUUAAAGCAUUAAAAGCCUGAUUUGAGCAUCAUUAUAUUUAUCUAAAAACUAAAACAUCAUAUUCAGCCGACACUGGGUUUAAAUAAAGUCUUUAUUUCCUUUAACUUAUGUUUAUCUACAGAAUAUAAAUCCCCAAUAGAGGGCCAGCUGUACCAAGACCAAAGAGGAUAUAUGCAUGAACUAUGAAUGUAGAUGGACUCGCAUACAAAAUAUGAUCAUGUGUUUCAUAUUAGAAGAAUAAACCACCAGAAAAACUG